CCCUACACCCCGCUUUUAUUCUGAAUUGAUCAUCAUGACUGAUCUCCUUAAUCGUUCCAAUUCAUUCAAAGGGACUUCUCAACCACAUGACGAUGACCAUAUUAUUCAUCAAGCUUCCAAAUUCAUUCAACUACUUGAAUCUAUUCAUUACCCCUACGAGAUCUCGGAACAGCAAGUGAUUGACACAUUCAAAAAGUGUUAUAAACGCGAAGACAACAAUAACAUCCAUGACAGCGUUUACAAAAAAUCUUCUUUUUCUUCUUCCCUCUUCUCCUCCUCUAUCCCUUCUAUCUCUUCUACUUCUUCUUCUUCUAUUCCUUCUACCUCUUCUACCUCCUCUACUUCCAACCCAACUGCAAAAUUCUUGGAUUGGCUUAUCGAAAAUGUUUCUGCAGAGACAAACUGGCCUGGAUAUCAAGCACAGCAACCAAAGUCUCGUGCUUUGUCACUUACGGUUGAUGAUCAUAAGCAUGAGUUUGGUCUAAAUAAUAAUAAUGACAGCCCCGAUAUUGACAAUGACAAUGACAGUGGCAAUGAUUUGGCAGAUCAUGAUCCAGUUCUCGAGUCUUUGGAUUAUGAACAUUCACAAUUGCAAUACACAUUAGCAUCUCUAGAAAGAGAACUUUCAGACUUGAAGGCACUUGAAGCCCAUGCUACGGAUACAAAUCGCCUAUUAGAUAUGGACAUUCAUGAUGUAUCUAUCCAGUUUGAUGCAACCGCAGCCAAGCUACAAGAUACUGUUCGUUCUGUCGUGUCACAGUACGGUACUGUAAAUAAUGACCAAACUAAGACUACCCACAUAGAGCAGGACCAGAGUCAGAGUCAGGGUCAGGGUCAGAGUCAAAGCCAGAGUCAGAAUCAAGGUCAGGACAAAAAAGACGAAACAUACCGCUCUGAAGGACUAACAAAAGAUGCUUUUGAUGUGAACAAACGUUCGUUUAUAUAUCAGUGCCAGGAUGAACUACUUCAAUUACACCAAAUGGACAUGACGUUCCUUGACAAAAUCAAUACACUUCUUCAUAACUACACCUCUAAUUUCAGUAUCAGCAACAGCACUGGCAGUAACAGCGCUGAAAGCAAUAUCAGCAGCAGCAACGAUGUGGCCACCACCAAUGCCACUAAAGAUACAUCCUAUUUAGCCUGGCUUUUCAAACGCAAUCCUGCACAUGAUCAGGAGGUAGUCCGUCUCUGUUCAACUUAUCGUGCCACCAAGAUGAGUCAUAUCCGAGCGAUGGCUCAGCUCAAAGCACUUGAGGAAGAGCUACGAUAUAUGAAGGAGCUAGAGUCUACACAUUUACUGUCUAAUGAAAACGGAAGAGAGGAUAAUAUCAGCCCUCAUUACAACCCAUCGUCUUCUUCAUCAUCAUCAACAGCAACAACAUCAUCUCAUCACCAUAAUCUUAAUCCUCAUGAAAAUGGUACAGAUCAAGAAAUUAAUCAUAUCACAGACAUCUAUACCAGUGGUCGCCACGGUCCUCAAUCACACACGAUUGCCAGUUCCAGAAACCAAGAGAUUCAACGGACACGACAACAUGAGAUCGAGUUGAUUUCAGUUCAGCGUGAGACGACUCGAUUAAAGGCAGAAAUGGAACAACUUUUAUCAGAUCCCUCUUCGUCCUCAACCGCGUUCUCAUCUUCAACAUCAUCAUCAUCCUCAUCCUCAUUGCCUUUUAGAAUCUCUAGGACAAGCAGUAGCGGACGUAAUUCUUUAGCAUCAAGUCGUGGAGGAACAAAGCGCAAUAGUAUGGGGAGCAAUAGUAACAGUACCGCAGCUCGUUAUGAUCAUGAAAACGAGUCAGAGUCUGUGGACGGAGUGCUUGUCGAUAUUUGUGAACGCAUUGCUCGGACAGACAUUGAGCUUGAAUACCUUUCGGCCGCUCAUCGAGAUUAUCUUCAAGAACAGGAGCGGGCUCUCAAAGAUCUUGACAAAAUUGUUGAUGGUUUAUUGGAGUAUUAUUCUCUAGGGGUUAUGGUGGACCUAUCCUUGACAGUGGAGAACAAGACGGUUCAGACAAUCAAAGAUACUCUCAAGGCUGCUGUCAAGGAGCUUCAAGAACAACGAGAGCAGUCCCGAGAGCUACAUCAAUUGGUUGCUCAUCAGACUUCUUCAAAAGAGGCACUAUCACCGUUACUACAAAGUCCAAAUAUAACCACAGAUAGUGAAAAGAACAAGAACAAGAACAACAACAAUAACGAUAAGUUGUCAGAUUUGCUCAAAAAGAAUGUUGAAUUGACAGAACUUUUACAGAAAGAGAGGCAGACGAUGCAAGAUCAUAUCCAUCAGAUGAUGAAUACCAAGGAUCUUUUGGACAUUGAGCUCUUGCAACGACAUUCCAGCACCAAGGAAAUUCAUUCUAUUCCACAGUCCAUUCAUCUUCUCAAGGAUGAUCUGGUCAAGCGAGCACAACAGUUGCAACAGGACUAUAAAACCUUGAAUGAUCAAUUGCAGCAGAUGACACAAAGGCAGCCAUAUACUUCUUUAUGAAUGAAUAUGAAUUUAUUACAGCU